UCUUCAAUCAUGGCUGAUGGAGGCGAAUGUUUUGAUGGAGUCCAGGGACCAACAAAAAGCUCCGCUUUUGUGCUGUAAAUCACAGCUGCUGCCUCAACCGACGUCAUAUUAUGUGCAGUAAGAGAUCUGAGACGAAUUUUCUUUGACCCAGCCGGAAAAGGGCCAGUUAGCCGAUACCGUCUGCUGCAGCGGCCUAGCUAACGUUAGCUUGCGUUGUUGAGUGAGCUCAGUGCGCGGCCCUCUCUCAACCCGAUUUGUGUUCUUCAUGCUGCAGCUCCACCGGGACUUAUUUCACCUUUAUAGUCACAUGUACAGAAGAGUAUCGUAGCUUUUUUAAAUAGAUGGAGUUAGUUCGAAGCAAAGUGUGAGUACGGCUGCUUGAGACUGACCCUAGGGGGAGUGGUUAUCCAUGACCAAGAGUUCCUGCACAAUACUAUUCUUUAAUAUUGUCAGCGAACAUGUCUCUAGUCGCCUAUGGCAGCAGUGACGAGAGUGACUCGGAGGAAUCUUCCGCCGCACCGCAGAGCAAAGGGCUCUUCUCGGUGCUGCCUGCUCCGAAAAAGCCAAGAUCGACAGGAGGAAGCGGGGGACCGAGAAAGGAGAUUAAAGCGAGCCGUUCACCGGGGAACAGCACGUCCAACGAUGAUCUGACGGUAGAGCCGCAGCCAUCUAAAGAAGGCUUAUUUUCUAGUCUGCCUAAGCCGAGGAAGCGAACAGAGCCCGUCAAGAUCACUGUGCCGCAGAUCCAGAGACGGGAUCCAGACUCUGACGAUGAUAAUGAUGAACCAGUAAAGAAGAAAGUACAACCUCAGGGUACAGGCCUUUCAUCUCUCCUCCCACAACCCAGAAACAUGAGCAUGAAGUCGAUGAACAGAUCCCUGGUUCCUCACACACUCACCAAGCGCCAAGAACCAAAAGGACCAAAUUCUGGAAAGCCCGCUCAGGGUCUGCUUGGUUCUAGUGCAUCUCCCUCUGCUAUCAAAGCUGCGGCAAAGUCCGCCGCCCUGCAGGUGGCUCGACAAAUAGCCUCCGAGGAUAAAGAGGAGGACAUAACUCCACAGAACUACUUUUCUCUGGGCGAGAGCUCCCCGCCUCUCCCUGCAGUCGACCCAAGUUUAGAACCUGAGCAAGGAGCCAUCGCGGAACCUCUUGCACUUGCCCCUGGAGAUGAGCCGGGUCAGUCAGACGCCCCGCUCGAUUUUGGGGGGAACCAGGAGGGAGCUGGUCCAUGGGUAGGUCAAUAUCCUCCGUAUGAACAGGCCAUGGAAGGCCCCGGAGCUCGCCCUGAGGGAUACUAUAAUGAGCCAUUCUUCCAAGAUCCUGAAACCGGAUCGGCAGAAGCUGGAGAGCCUGGCAGCUCUGCCAUGUUUGAGGAUGAAGCGUUCAUGCGACUGCAGGGGAAACGGAACAGGGGAAAAGAGGAGAUCAAGUUCCUGGAGAUCAAAGGAGACGACCAGCUAAGUGGCAACAAGCAGUGGAUGACCAAGAGCAUGACGGAGGAGAAGCAGACCCGUCAGUCCUUCAGCAAGAAAAAUAGAGAACAGCCUACAGGACAGCAGCGACGCAAGCAUCAGAUAACAUAUCUCAUUCACCAGGCAAAGGAACGCGAGUUGGAGCUGAAGAACAGCUGGGCAGAUAACAAGCUCUCCCGCCGGCAGACACAGGCCAAAUACGGUUUCUAAAUGUCACACUGUGGACUCGUGGUGACGCGUGGAAACCCUGCACCAGAAAGUAGAAUAGAGCUUUUCCAGAUUUCCCCACACACUUGUGGAAAACUGGUGUUUGGGGAGAAACUACACACACCGUAAUACAGAUUUUUCCCACCUGUAUUUGUGUUAAAUUGUUAUUAUUCAGUAGUUUGCGCAACUGUUUCAUACGGUGUUACUUUUGUACGGAAAAUCCAGUCGCUGUCGUUAACCUUCCUCUCCCAAUAAUUUACAGUAAAUAUAGGCUCUGUAUCUACAAAUGCAAUUGUAAGGCACCUUUGGCCAGUCAGUGGCAGAGAUGAUAUAGUGUCACCCUCAAGUGGCCAUUUAAAAAAUAAAAAAAAUCCUUUGGAAUUUCCGAACGACUCCCGUUGAGUGAUGAAUACGAACACCUCCACAACACGGUUUGGUUCUCUGGCAGUCGCAACAUGUUGGUAAAACGUUGCCUUUGAGAAAUGAACCGGAGGCGAUAGAAGGAUGUGAAGCAUUACAUAUUUUUGUAAUAACGAAUAAAGAUGUUGGAAUACUACAUAUGCUGCAGUUGCUCAGAGACUCAUUAAAGUAAGGAUAUAAAGUG